AGCAGGAUGCUCUCGUCUCCGCCAGUCCGCCGGAACCCAUCCAUCGCCGCGUCGCCGUCGGAGCUUCCGAGGCAAACCCAGACAGACACACCAAACCUUGCCAAACCCCAACGCCAUAUCUCUCUAGCUCUCUGGCUCCCUGCCUCCUCUCCAUCCCCGCCCUCUCCUCCCUCCGAUCCCACAUGGCCAUCGCCACCGCCGCCGCCGCAGCGCUCGCCUCCCCGGCGGCCCUCUCGGCGUCUCCGGCCGCCCCCGCGCGCCGGGGCCUCGUCAGCUUCGCCCCCGCGCUCUGGUCCCGCGGCCCCAGCUCCCGCACCGUCGCCCUCUCCGGUGUAAGAACUCAUGUUGCGGCUGUUGAGCAAACAGUUGUACAAGAUGCCACAAAGUUGGAAGCUCCCGUCAUUGUUGUUACUGGUGCGCUUCCAGAGGAAUUGGAAAAGCCACUGCGUUGGCUCUUGGAAAAGCAGGCUGCAAGGUCUUGGUGAAUUAUGCCUGAUCUUCAAAGGAGGCUGAAGAAGUCUCCAAGGAGAUUGAAGCAUCUGGAGGCCAGGCCAUUACCUUUGGAGGAUAUGUUUCCAAAGAAGUGGGAAUAAUAUGGAGGUGGGAAUUUAAGAAAUUUGUGGCUGUAUUUUUUUUAGCGAUUGCUUUCAGUCAUCUUAUUUGCUUUACUAGGACCGCCUAUAAUGUUCAGCUUACGGCGAUCACUUGAACGACAUUAAUAGAAUUUUGCAUGUUAUUUUACUACCUAAAAUAGUUGUGUACGUGUAGCCGUGCUCUUUCGAAGACACAAAAAGAACUAUGUUUCUCUUUGCAAAA